GUAGGCUCGCUAAAGCUCAGGCCCGCCUCGCUUGCGCUACUGCUCACAUCAGUCGUAGCAGUCCACGCACGCACUAUAAAGCCAAUGACAACCUAAAACACCAAACAAGAAGGAGAAGAAGAAGAAGACGACGACGAAGACGAAGAAGGAGAAGAAGAGGGAAAAAUGCAUUCUUUCGGGUACAGAGCUAACGCCUUGCUAACGUUCGCCUUGACGAUUCUGGCCCUAAUAUGCGCCAUGGCCUCUUUCUCCGACAACCUUAAUUCUCCCUCUCCCUCCGCCCAUGUUCAGGUUUUGAACAUUAAUUGGUUCCAGAAGUCUUCCCAAGGAAACGACGAGGUCAGCUUGACAUUGAAUGUAUCAGCAAACUUACAGUCUUUGUUUACGUGGAAUACAAAGCAGGUUUUUGUAUUUUUAGCUGCGGAGUAUGAAACUCCUAAAAAUUCCCUGAAUCAGGUGUCCCUUUGGGAUGGUAUUAUACCUGCGAAAGAAUAUGCGCAAUUUGGGAUCCAUACUACAAACAAGUAUCAUUUCGAUGAUCAGGGAAGUAAUCUCAGGGGUAGAGAAUACAACUUGACUUUACAUUGGCAUGUCAUGCCCAAAACUGGCAAGAUGUUUGCUGAUAAAUUAGUGAUGUCUGGUUUUCGUUUCCCAGAGGAAUAUAGAUGAGGAUGUUUUUGUCCCGUAAGGAUUUUUCAAACUUAUUCAUUUGAGUUGUAACUUAAUGUGAGACGAAAGAUUAAGCUCUAUCGGGCAAAGAAAAUUGGGGGAGAAAAGCCCAUGUUCGAGAAUGUUUUUUUAAGUACAAGAAAAUGUAGUGGAACUUAUGCCA